UCAUCACGCACUAUGGAGUCCAGACUGUCACGACGGUCCACCAAGGAAGAGGCCGUAGAUCUGGAUCUCAAGACUCUUCGACAUGAGACCACCAUAUACGACGCCACUCAGACAGGCGAAGUUCUGUCAGCUGUUGAUGACAAGAAGCUUUUGUUCAAGAUCGACUGUCGCUUGAUGCCAAUCCUNGCGGAUGAAACCCAUCUAUCCGGAACCGAAUUCUCAUGGCUCGGCGCCAUUUUCUAUCUGGGGUACAUGUUCUGGGAAUGGCCAACUUCGUACCUGCUGCAGAGGUUUCCGCUUGGAAAGUUCCUAGGCACGUCUGUCAGUAACUGCCCGACACAUGUCAUUAGUGCUAGAAGGUUACUAACGGCAGUUAGNGUUAUCCUAUGGGGCAUCACAUUGGCCUGUCAUGCGGCAGGCUUCAACUUCGCUGGACUGGCAACCGCUAGAUUCUUCCUAGGCGUUUUUGAGGCAUGCAUACAGCCAGUGACGAUGGUCAUGUUCAGUAUCUGGUAUACUCGUAGAGAACAGCCUCUGCGUCUGGGCAUCUGGAUUGGUUGCGCCGGACUUGGUUAUGUCGUUGCUGGCAUCACGAGCUUUGGCAUCGGUCAUAUUGGCGGCGCCCUGUCUAGCUGGCGAUACACGUUCCUCAUCUGGGGAUGCAUCACCAUUGCUUGGGGUGUUGUUGUACUUCUAUUUCUGCCAGACAACCCCGCUACGGCCAAGUUUCUCUCCGAGGACGAAAAGAUGGGUGUGACUCAACGCGUCAAAGCGAACGGGACUGGCCUGGAAGAAAAGACUUUCAAGAAGAGUCAGAUGGUGGAGACGCUAACAGAUACAAAGACAUGGUUACUCUUCAUCUUUGCAGUAAGCAGUAACGCGCCCAAUGGAGGUCUCACCACCUUCCAAGGUCUCAUCAUUCGCGGUCUUGGUUUCUCGAAACUGCAGACCACGCUGAUCCAGAUGCCCUCGGGUGCAAUUCAGUUUGUGGUUUGCACGGCUGCAACCUUCGUCGCCUCAUCCUUUGAGAACGCAAGGCUGCUCACCAUGUUCGUCUGUCUGUUGCCAACACUAGCUGGCGUCAUCGGAAUGUGGACAUUGCCCUCGAGUGUGCCUUGGGGCCGCAUGGUGUGCUUGUGGAUCACAUUCACUUACACUGCCACAUGGACCCUCUCCAUGUCUGUCGUCACAGCCAAUACCGCCGGACACACCAAGAAGUCCACGAGUGCUGCUAUGCUUCUAGUCGGCUACUGCCUAGGAAACUUCAUAGGACCAUUCUUCUUCCGCAAGGCUCAAGCACCACGGUAUGAGCUUGGUGUAGGCAUGAUGUUGACCUGCCUUGGCAUCCAGAUGCUCAGUAUUCUGGGCUUGUAUCUGCUAUUCCUGACCCGGAAUCGCAGACGAGCUGCUGAGAAUGCACUGUCGGCAGAGCGUGUUGCCGAAGGACAGCUGCGAGCGCUCAACGACGAGACUGAUCUCAACAAUCCAAGUUUCAAGGUAACUUCCCGUCUUCAAUUUCUGCAAAAGGACUUCGCUAACCAUCUUGUGCCUGAAGUACGUGUACUGAGGCGUUAUGUGUAUGAUAUAAUGAGAAGAUCUUGCGUCGACUAA